ACACAACACCAGAAGCCGAGAACCAUAAAAAUGUAUAACGUUAUAACGAGACAUAUGAUCAUGGCAACACGGAAAGAAUUACAUAGAUGUUUUCAAACACUUGCUCCAUUGAAUGGCCAAGUAAAGUGUGUGAAAUCGUCAGCACCCGUCUCUGAAGACAUGUUGAGAUUGUGGGGGACACUACAACGUAAGGAUUCAUCCACCCCUCACACCAGAUCACGUGGCCUGGAUACCAUUAACACGUCACGUAGAGGAGGAAAAAUAUGCGAUUUAUUUGGAACUAGAUCGACAGCUGAUAAAGACCUAUUAAAUAGACAACCAGUUUAUGGAGAUUUCAUGGUUUCUCACGUGCCAACAAUAUCGAAACAAACACCAACAAUUAUACCAAUAAUUGUGAAAAAGAAAACAUUGCAGCAACUUCGCAAGGGACGUUUACAACGAAAUGAAGGGAACUUGAUACGGUUUCUACUUCCGGUUUGAGUGAAAACGUUCAUUAAC